GUGCCGCCCCCGCCCCGUUGGUGUGCGUGCGCGACAGAGCGGCGCAGGCGCGGCGGCCGAGGCGGUGUGAUCCCAGCGCGGAGCGGGGCCGGGAGAUGUCGGUGGAGCAGGGGAGGACGGAGCCGGCGGACGACAGCGAGUCGGACGUCUUUGAAAUUGUUCUCCCAAUCACCAUCUUUGUGUUGAGCGAUGAUGAUUUUCCGCAGGAUGAGGCGGAGAAGCCAGCAGUCUCCCUUCCCGAGUGGAAGGAGGAGGGUGGCUUAAACAAUAGUGGUUCCCUCAAUAGCAAUGUGACACCUUCAAAUGACGGUAACAGUGGAACCAUUUGUGAAGAAAACAAGACUGCUACAAAUAAGGAUAAUGGUAUGAAAUGCUCUGAAGAGAAAUGCGUUGCUGAGAGUGUGUGUAACAGAACAAAAUCACCUCUAAGUGAUCAGUGUGAUACCAGCACGGAUAAGUGUAGUCAAAAUUAUGUGUUGCCUACGUCACCUUGCAUAACAGAGCUUACAGAGAUAAAUGAAACCAGUGACAGAAAAGAAUGUGAUGGUGAUGAUGGCUUUCAGAAGAUUCCUCCUCUCUUCUCCUGUACUGGCGAUGAGGGUGGAGGUGAGACCAUCGAGACAAGCAGGCAAUUGACAUUGUUAGCAAUAUCCAAACAUGAAGAACUUUUCAAUGUUGCAAAUGUUCUUUCUAAUGUCAGUCAAGAGAAACAACCAGAAAUCCACAAGGAGAUGGAGACAAUUGUUGAAAUGGAAGAUCCUGAUUCUUCAAAGAAUGGAGACAAUGAAGCUAAUAAUAGAAAAAGAAAGAGAAGCAAAUUUGAAGAUGAAACACUGAGUUGUCUUUUGGAGCACAGCUUGAAAGAAAAAACGGAAUUUACUAAUAAUUGUUCUGCUCCAUUUCUUAACGGAUGUUCUUCUACUUCAGAAGAACUGCUAAAUGAUGGAGGGAAACUGGAGGUGAAUGCUUCCACGUCUGCUGAAUCAAAUACUACUGGAGAGCAUAUUUAUAAGACAUUAACUCCACUUCCUAAAAAAAGACAUCGGCAACAAAAAGUUGUUUCUCCUCAUGCAAGCCCAAAAGAAUUUCAAAGCCAGCAAGAAGGUUUAGCAUGGCUAAGUAAUAGUGUGACCAUCAAACCUCUUCCUAAAGCAUCUUGUUCUGUAAAUAAGCGUGAAAGAUUGAAUUUCAAGUGCAGGUUUUGUAGUUCUGUAUAUAAAUGCAGUGCACAGCUAAAGAAACACGUUUAUUCAGCUCAUAAAGACAAGAAAAUACAUAAGUGUUGCUUUUGUAAAAGAACCUUUUUCUUUUCUGUCAACCUUAGGAAUCACCUUAAAUUUCAUAAGAAAAUGAGUAGGCUGCAAAAGGCAAGGAAGAAUAGGAUGAAUGUGAGAAAAGCUAGGCAGAGAAACUCUGAAGAAAGAAAAUCUGAGACCAAGAAAAAAGAAAGUAAGUAUGAGAAAUUUUUCAUCAAAAUUGAAAGGGACUUUACACCUCUGGGUGUGCCAGUUAGUUUUUCCUGCAAAAUUUGUUUCUUUGCUUCAUCAAAUCCUAGGAUUUUUAUUCAUCACAUGAAGGGACAUAAAGAGAGACCACCUUACCAGUGUCCUCAAUGUGAUUACUCCUGCGUUAGCUUGUCCUAUCUGUUAAAUCACAUGUACUGGCAUGCUGGGUAUAAGCUCUACCAGUGCAGGUUUUGCACCUUUUUUUCGUUAUAUUUUGCAAGCAUGGUAAGGCAUAGCUACAUACACACAGGGGCUAAACCUUAUUCCUGUGAGUUCUGCCAGUCAGCAUUCACCAGCAUCACAGGGUUAGAGAGACACAGAAGAUCACAUGCGGGCAAAGAAACCCGCCAAGGGCAGCGACUUGACUUUGAAAGUGGAAGAAAAAGAACUCGAAGACCUUUAAAGAAUUAUACAUGUGAUGAGUGUAACAUAGUGUUUUACUCUAGAGGACAUCUCAGCUUUCAUAAGAAAUUUCAUGAACAGUUUACGGCUACUGCCAAUGGUUAUACGAAUCAGAGCAAUGAAUAUCAUAAAAGCAAAAUAUGCAAAGUUGACGGUGAUUCCCAGGACCAUGUUACUCCGUCCCUGUCUGCUAAUGAAAAUGAUUGUCUCAGUGGGGGAAUGCUGGCUCCUGACUUUAAGCGGGCAGGUGAUGUGCAGGACUAUAAGGAAAUGUGCUCUGGAAAGAAAUUCCAUGAAAACAGACAUGGAAGCAACAGCGUAGCUGUUACUGGGAAUAGAUCAGGAGUUCCUCUGAAUUCUGUCACUUGCAAAGAGGAACCUCUCUUCAACUCCAGGGCCUCUCAUCCACAAGUUCAAGAUGAUGAUGCGUAUCAUCGAUUCGUGGAAAACUUAAAGGAUACGUGGCCUUCCAAUUUGUCUACAUUCAAAAGGUACAGGUGCCAGCGCUGUAAUUACGCAACUGCCGUUCAUAGAGACUUUCAGCUGCACCUAAAAAUACAUACAGAUGAAAGACUGUUUGUGUGUAAAGAAUGCAAUAAGACAUUUAAAACGGCAAACCAUUUGCAGAAACACAGCCUUAGUCACAUAAAAAAUGGACACGAGUUUGGCCAUUGCUUCUAUGAAGGUAGCUGUUUAGAGAAUCUUGGAGUGCAUCAUGAAAUGUAUGUACGCAUGUGUCCAGAAAGAGAUUUGGGUUCAGAAGUCUGUGGAGUACAGCCAGAGGUCCAGAGGGGCAGAGAAAAUGAUUUGCUGGCACAAAGUCAGCCACGAUUCUAUCAGUGCGCAGAGUGCGAGUAUGCUACUUACAUUUUAAGCAACCUUGAACUCCACGUAAGAACUCACACAGGUGAGAAACCUUACAGCUGCAGUGUUUGUCAGAAGAAGUUUCGUACUUCCAGUCACCUGAAAAGACACAGAGUCACGCAUUUUAACAUGGAGUAUCUCAAGUGCAGGCGCUGUGACUAUUCGACAAACAAAUGGCUGUCCCUGAAACAGCAUCUGGCUUCACACUCUUGUGAGGAAGGCUCGUCUGCUGGCUGCCUCUACGAACAAAUGCAGCUGCCUGUCAAAACAUACACCUGCGAAGAGUGUGGCUAUUCCACAGCCCACAAUGGAAACCUGAAGCCGCACUUGAGAAUUCACACAGGGGAGAAGCCGUUCAAGUGCGACCGCUGCGCUGUGGCUUUCCGCACAUCUAGCCACCUGAAGCGCCACUUGCUGACUCAUUUGAAGCUGCACUGCAGAAGGUGUAAAUUUUCUACGGUAGAUAAACGCGCUUUCCAAAAGCAUGUGAAAACACACACGAAAAAGUACAAGUGUGGAAAGUGUAAUGUGACUCUGCCUACCAAAAAACUUCUGGAAAAGCAUAAGCGGCAGCAUAAACUUGGAAUAUAAGCUUGGGAAUUGCAAGUUGGCACUCAGUUCUGGAGAGGUUUGCAUGUCCUGAAUUUGUUCAUUGCUUUACAUUCCCCUGCUGUCCCCAGAAAGCUGUCUGGGUCCAGACAGUGAAACUCAGGGUACUGGUUUGCUCCCGGUUCUUCUGAGAACUUCAGUUCCAGCACAGGCUGCGCUAAAGAAGAUCUUGGAGGCACUUUUUCAUGCCCAAGUGACUUCUUAAUGCCAUGAAAUCAGUUAUGAUUUGGCCAGCGUUCAUCAGUUUAGUUAUUCUGUGCCACUUCUUUUCUUCUAAAAAAUCAAUUAAAAAAAAUAAAUCUCUUUUCUAGCUGAAAGAAUGUUUAAAGGGAGGGAAGGAAGUGCACAUUAUAUCAUAUAGUAAUAACUUUUCAUUUAAAAAUUGUCACUGUGGAGGCUUAAUGCUACCUCCGAUCUGCUGAAAGUUGCAUUCCCUACUCCCAGAUUCUCUUGUGAUACUUGCAAUAGAAAAAAAAAAUAAAAAUAGUAUCUCAUAAAAUUAAAGAAACAGAAGAUUUUUGUUAUCACUGGAUAAUUGAGAUAUGAAAAUGUUUUCUAUAUGUGUAUGUAUAUAAAGGGUUUAUUAGGCAGUUAUACUGUCUGUACUUUUGAUAAUAGUUCAGUAGUCUGACAAAAAUGGUAUUGUCCUUAAUCAGAUAUUUUAUGAUACUGAGAAUCCUUAAAUUAAUCUUCAUCAAUUUUAUGGAAAAGACUAAUGUUAAUCUAGUGUGAAAUGCCUUAUCUUUUCUCAGGCUGGUAGUUCCUGUGCUCUUUGUUUCUUAAAAUGGACAACACCGUACUUUUCAAAGAACUUCUCUGUUAAUUUAAUCACUUGCUGAUAUAUUGCAAAUACUACUUAGUUACAUUGAGAAUCUUGGCAGUAUCUUGAACUGUAAAAUUUAUUUUGUUAAAGAGCUUUACUGUGCAUCGAAAAUACCAUGUAUAUGGACCGCUUGUGACAAACAGCUGUUGUUACCUGGUAUGGUGAAGACAGAUGGAGGCUUCUUUCCACUUUAUAUUCAAGUCGAGACAAACCUUUGCUUGUUUUAGAGAAUCAUAGGGUGCUCGAAACACUGUGUGGACGUCACUGGCUGUGGUAUUGAUAACAGCGGUGUUACCUUCUGGUGUGAGGGAAGACGGUGGCAAAGGGCUGGUGCCAACUGUCCCCUGAUGUUACAGUUCAGUUCAUGAAACAGCGGAGUAGAUGUAUAGCUUCAUUUAGAGAAUGUAAACGUGAACCUAGUGCUGCUUUUUCACUGCUCGCAGAUGUAUGCUGUUCUUUAUCAAUAGAGAUAGGUUGCCCAGAGAGGUGGUGGAGUCUCUUUGAAGAUACCUCUUUGGAGAUACUCAGAAGCCAUCUGGACAUGGUCCUGGGCAACCAGCUCUGGGUGGCCCUGCCUGAGCAGGGGGUUGGACCAGGGGACCUCCAGGGGUCCUGCAGCCAUUCUGUGAUUCAGGACGCAAUUUUCCAAGAGCGGAUUGAAACUCGUGAAUAGAUGCAUGUAUUUAAAGCCAUCUCAGCAAAGGUGUUUCGGUGAUUGAGUUCUUUGUAGCUGCAGUAACAUCAGACAAGUAAAUACCUGUGACUGUGAACCCUGGUGGUUCCGGAUGGUUUUCCUAUAGGCUGGGAAUUCCCCAUUUGGGAAUGUGUGAUUCAGAUCUUAGAAUGACUGAGCUGACCACCAAAUGCAGUUGUGAGAAAGAAGAAUGUUAUCCUGAUAAGAAUAAAGAAAAAACUUUCUGGGAAAUAUUAACACAGUUAUACAAGCGUGGAAGAAUUUUUACCUGCAGUACUGUAUGAUUCCGAUCAUUUAUUUGAAGACAAUUUCAAAAGAACAGGUAAAAAGAGGAAACAAAAAUGUGAAGGGAGUUGUAUAUUAAUGAAGCCUGUAUAUCAGAUCAGACUAGGAUAGUUAAAUCUAGUAACGAAUAAUUAUUUAAAAGUAUGGUGUACAAUGAUGAAGAAGGGAGCCCCAUUUAAGGAAGGUAAAUUCAUUGAAAGAUAUUUUUAAAUGAGUUUGUAAACAGUCUGAGUUACUUAGAGUUGUAAGAACAACAGAAGACAUUUUCAGAUGGAGCUUGAUGAGUUUGUAAAAACAGUUAUUCCAGGUGGUUGCCUGUAAUAAAAAGAAAUAAAGUGUUGCACGACUGAUGAGGUUCCCCUCUGUUCCUUAUACAGUACACUGCACUUUUGGGGAUUGGAAGGGAUUCUCAGUCUGCCGAGUCA